AUGGACGGGCAGGAUGGUUUUGGGUACGGGUCGGGUCAGAGAACUUACACCGUUGAUCGGAGGACAGAACUCGUGAGCGGUAGUAAGGGUUACGGCGUGGGAGGAAGCAAUCAGAACUACGGGGCUUGGGAUUUGCCUCCGUCACCGCCGGGGCGAGUAACGGCGCGUAGGAGCAACGCGUCGUCGGGGAAGCCGUCUUGGGGUUUUAACGAUGCGGAGAUGAAGAGGAAGAAGAGAAUCGCGAGGUAUAAAGCUUAUACGGUGGAAGGAAAAGUUAAAUCGACUUUGAAGAAUGGACUCCGGUGGAUUAGGAAUAAGUGUUCUCAGAUUGUUCAUGGAUUUUGACUUUCUUUUUUAUUUUUCCGGCGAGUUUUGUUCAUGACAGUCUCGGCGGUGCA